AUGGCGCAAGCGCCGUUAAAGCCCUUGAUUGCCGUUGUGGGUGCGACUGGUACAGGCAAAUCAGAUUUAGCAGUGGAGAUUGCACGGAAAUUCAAUGGCGAGAUCAUCAAUGGAGACGCAAUGCAGUUGUACCGGGGCUUGCCAAUUAUCACCAACAAGAUUACUCCAGAUGAAGCGAAAGGCGUUCCCCAUCACCUCCUAGGAUCCAUCGGUCUAGAAGAAGAGACAUGGACUGUAGGAAAGUUUGUGGGCGAGGCUAUGAGCAUAAUCGAAGAGAUCCGAAGCCGCGGCAAGUUACCUGUUUUAGUCGGCGGAACCCACUACUACACGCAGUCGCUUUUGUUUCAAGAUGCGCUUGCUGAUGAGCCUGCAUUGAAUUUGAACGAAAACAGUGAAAAGCUACCAAUAUUGGAGGAGCCCACUGAAGUCCUACUUGAAAAGCUGAAGGAAGUUGAUCCUAUUAUGGCAGGUCGUUGGCAUCCAAACGAACGGCGUAAGAUCCAACGCUCACUCGAGAUAUAUUUAAGGACAGGACGACCAGCAUCUGAGUUGUACAAUGAACAAAGACUCAAACGCCAGUCUUCCCCAUCUUCACCGGAUACCCCACAAUCUACUAGUAGCCCACGUCUUCGCUUUGAGACUUUAGUGUUUUGGGUACAUGCUAAUAAAGAUGUUCUGCAUCGUCGGCUUGAUGGACGUGUCGAUAAGAUGUUGAACAAAGGUCUACUUUCAGAAGUUCAGGAGCUAAGUAGUUUUGGCCAGCAGUAUGAAGCCAAGACCGGUAUUCGCGUGGAUCAAACUCGUGGUAUCUGGGUAUCAAUAGGGUACAAGGAGUUCUUGGAUUAUCAGCAUGCGCUGGAAAAUCAAUCAAUGUCACCACAAGAGCUCGAGAAAUUGAAAGUAGCCGCCAUCGAGAAGACCCAAGCAGCUACGCGCCAAUAUGCCAAUCGUCAGAUCAAAUGGAUCCGCAUCAAGCUGCUGAACGCACUGAUAGGCUCAGGACAGAAGAGAAAUACCUUCUUGGUUGAUGGGUCUGACAUCUCGAAGUGGGAUACUGAUGUCGCGCAGCCGGCGACCGCCAUCACUAAGCAGUUCCUUGCGGGCGAGGCUCUUCCAGAGCCAUCAUCACUUUCGCCUACUGCAGCAGAGAUGCUUACACCAAAACGGGAAUAUGAUCUUGGGCAAAGACCAGAUCUUUGGCAGAAGAAAGUUUGCGAAACAUGCGGAACAGUUGCUGUUACCGAAAACGACUGGACAUUACAUGUCAAGAGUCGUGCGCAUCGUCGAGCAGUGGGGGCAAAGAAGAAGCAAGAGAACACACAGGGUGUGGCAAAGAAACCUAUAAAAUCUGCACAGGCUGAUGUGGUUGAUGUUCUAGAGAGCUAUCUGGAGAGCUUUCCGGACGAGAAACACUUGGAGUGA